AUGUGGUCUGAGGCUUUACUUUUUACUGGCCAAGGUAACCACAAAGAAGUGUUGGACUUGUCAUUAUCUCUGCAAGAUUACCAACUCCAAGAAGUAACCUUGUAUGCAAAGCAAGGCCAGAGUCUGAGCUCAGCUCUGAGUUCCCAGGACAUAAUGGUCCUGCAGCGUCAAGAGGAGCGUCGACGUCAUCAAGCGAAGCAAAGUAUCUUCGGGUUCAUGUUCAAGAAGUCUUCGAAAGAGAGCUCGUCGGUGAGCACCGAGAGCGGGAGCUACGGGGCAAGAAGUGUUUCUCCCGCGAGAAGCGACGACACUGGAAGAAGCAUAAGUCCCCUGGUCGCCCCGGUCCCGACAAGGCCACUGAGAAAAAGACGACCUGCGCCCAACCCUCCGUCUCGUCAAUCUGCGUCGAGGGAAAACGAUGUGGUUAACGCCAAGACUAAUAACAAAGAUUGUGAGACCACUGAGGACAAGCUGGUAAUAACUCACAGUCGUAAUAGCAGUGACAGCUCCGGCUACCACGAGGCUUCAGUCCUCAGUGAUAAUCCGGAUUCUGCUGGUAGAAUGCCGGAAACUCUGCCCAGGAGAGCUCGCCCGCCCAGCAGCAAGUUGGAGCCGCGAAAACUCGCUUUGACUUCCCAGGCCAGCAAGAGUCUCUGUAAUUUAGCGAUUAGUUCUGGUGGGCUUAGUCAUGCUAAUAGUAAUACAUCAUUAAGCUCAACUGGUAUUAGAAAGAAACGAGCAGCGCCUCCGCCGCCGGUGAGUAGGCCACUGUCCUCGGCGAUAUCAUCACAAGCCUUGGAGCGUAUUGUUGACUCAGAGGAGUCUCUAACUUCGGACAUGGGUGUAUCGAAGCCUCCGUCAGAUAUUGCUGCGUCAGAAACAGAAACUCACUCGAAAGCAAACUCGGACAUUGUAGUCACCAGUGUUAGUCAUACCAUUAAGACCAGCGAUUUCAACUUUGACAGUCUUCCUAAACGGGACCUUGUUAAAUUGUCUAAAGACAGUAGCCAGAUAGAUAGAGAUGCUUUUGAGCCCGUCAAAAAAGCGCCAAUACCUAUUGAAGUCUCUGUAGUUAUUGAGAAAAAAUUCUCUACUCCUGUUGAAAAAAUAGCUCCUGUUCCUGCUGAAGCUAUAUACCAAGAAAAUAAUUAUGUAGAGGCUAGAGUUAAAAGAGGUAAGUUUGUUCGUAGUAAAAAAAGUUUUGAUGAUAAUGAAAUAGCUUUUAGUUUUAUAUCGCAAAAUUCUUAUGAAAAAAUUUUUGAACAAGAAAUUAUUGAAAAUAAUAAUAAUAAUAAUAAUAAUUUUAGUGGAAAAAAAUCAAUAGAUAGAGAUAAGUUUAAUUAUUUUGAAAAUGAUAACAAGAUUAAAUUAAAAUUAGAUAAAAAUUAUCAAGACAGAAGAAAAAAUUUGUUAAAAAUAUCUAAUAUAAAAUUAGAUAACCGGACAAGUGACAAAUUAAAUAAAGAUAAAAAUAAUCGGACGGUUAAAUAUUCACGUAGCUUUAAUUCAAGCGAUUGUAAUCAAAAGAGGAGCAAAGAUCGAGUUGUAGGUGUCAGUGACCUUAAAUUAGAAGAAGAUCCGGCGAUUAAAAGAGCUAAUAAUAAUAAUAAUAAUAAUAAUAAUAAUAAUAAUAAUAAUAAUAGUUUAUUAAAAUUAAAUGGUGGUGGAAUGAGAACGAGAAAGUCAAACUCAAUAUCUGAGUAUGAUGUUUUUAAAAACAAUUCAUCAUCGCGACUGAGUAAUUUAGAGAUUUUAGACACCGUACCUCCGUCUAUCACUGAGAAACCUGUUGACAUUAAAAAAGCACCGGUUGGUACUGCUGAAGACAUUAUUCCCAGUGAUAUAAAAGGCAUCCCGUCAUUUCCGUUAUCUAAUAAAUCAAAUGUUAAUAUUGGUAUUAAUAAUAAAUUGAGCAUACUUAAACCGCCGCCUCCUGGGCUGGUCAGCCGCCAGGAGUCUAAUGAAAAUUGGAAUAACUUUAUUAAUAGAUUGAAUUUUAUAUUAGACACUGGAAUUGCACCUACUCCUAAACCACGUAAUAAAGUGCCAGUAGUUCCAAAGCGUGUAAGCUCAGCUUUGUCAGCAAAGACCGCUAGCGAAAUAGAACAAAGUUUACCGACGACUAACGAAGACAAUGACCAGGAGUCGAAAAUAAAAAAUAAUCCUGAAACUGAGGAAGAAAUAAAGGAAAAUUAUGACCCUGUAACUUUAAAUGUUGCUGGAGUAACUAGUAAGAGCUCGAGUGCAUUAAAUUCGGAUCUCUCCUCGAGAUCGCCGGAUAUGGAAGCUGCUGGUAGAACAAAACUGGACAUAGAAAGCCCUUGGAAUGCAUUGUCUAGCAGCAACACGCCUAACGAAGAACAAUAUCACCCAUUUAUAACCACUGGCACUAAUUUAAGUCUACCUAUGGAAAAUUUAACACACUCUACCCAGCCCGAGGAAGGGGAACACUGUAGUCAAGGAACAGGGAAAGCAGGGAAUGAAAGUCAAACCGAAAUCGAUCGUCUGCUAGAAAAAGUAUCAACAACUCUGGCCAGCGUUAUUCCAUCUGAGGAGCGAGCCAAGUCCAGUGAAAUAAAACCCACUGAUCCGGAAAAAAUCUCUGAAUUAAAUAAAACUCAAGAUAAUUCAUCACCAAACAACAAAAACAACAAUGAAAAUUCAGAUGUCCAAAACUCCACUUAUAAUUCACAGCAAGACACUUCAGACUAUGUAUCAGCAAACGGAGAAGAUUUAUCAGCUACAGAUUGGGAGUAUCAAUUGCCAGACCCACCUUCUGCAUUUCGGGAUGAGACAGGAUCGCUGGAUGGCUACGACACAAUAACACUGCGCUCUGUAGAAGCAUUCAAGGACCCGAUUGCCAUUGAUGUAGAUACUGAUAAAGCUAUCAAGAAAUUAGAUCGCGUCCUAGAUAAUUUCGAGGAUAAAAAACCAGAAGAGCUUUCUGUAGAAAAUAACAGCGUCGAGUUAAGAAGAAAUGUAAUUACCGAAUUGGAGAGCAAGAUUGAAAACGGCUGUUUAAAUCAAACUAACAAGCCGUCUGAUGAGUCAAGAAAAUCUUCUAUUGAAACAUCUACACCCAAAGUUGCUCCAAUUGAAAAUACUUUGCCGAAUUUUACAAUUACAACUUAUGCGAGACAAAAAAGCUUGAAUAUUUUUCAUUCUAAAAAUUCGACGUCAAAAAAUGAGGAGAGAAUUGUUAAAACUUUUGCAACUUUAUCAAGAAAUAUUAAUGGGAAUUCAAUUUCUAAAUUUAAUAAUAAUAAUAAUAAUAAUAAUAAUAAUAAUAAUAAAGAUUUUCAAAUUGAAGAAAAAAAAUUACCUGAUAAAGAAAAAGAAUUUUUAACCAAUCCAGUGCACCGUUCAAAAAGUUACAUUGUUUUGACAAAUAAUUCCAAGUACCGAGAAUUUAAAACCAUUGAUGUGGUUGACAGUAGCAAUAAUAAUAAUAAUAAUAGUAUGAUUAAAGCAACAAGUGUCACUAAUUUAAAUCACAACACUUGUGAGACUAACGGCACCCAAGAAGAUACCAAGCCGGCUAAUAACUCAAAAUUAUUAUCAAAAAAUCCCCAAGACCGAGAAUUGCAAUCCGUCCAAUUACUAAAGAGUAUUUUGCCGCAAUUAAAAAGCACUCUGGAUGAUAAUCAAGGUGAGAAUAAGACUAAGGAUAUUGAUGAUAAAUCCGGACAAGCGAGCCAAGUUAAAUUGAGCGACGAUAAAUCUGGAGAAAAUGAAUCUCCAGUACGGAAAUCAGAAGAGAUAAAGCGUUACAGGUACACCGGACCACCUGCAAUAAGUCUCGGUAGUUGGUCAGAACGUCCUCGUGCUAAUGUCCAGAUAAAAAUGGACACUGAUUAUAAAUUUGGCGCUAAUACAAAUACCAGCGGUAAUAAAACACUUGUUAAUUUAAACAGCCCGAGUGACAACGUCGGGUCUAAUAAUUGUAGUAAUUAUGUUAAAACUUUACCAAAGAAUAUCAAGAGUAAUUUUGAUUGUAAUAAAGUUAAUGCGUUCUCUGGAGGCAAUAAUAAUAUUAAUAAUAAUAAUAAUAAUAAUAAUGGUAAUAAUGAAGACUCGGAAUUUAAGAGGUUUAAUAUUGCAAAAUUACAUACGAGAACGAAAGACGAGGACAAACCGGUCGUAACAAAUGUCGAACUGAAGAAAUCUCAUAAUGACAAACCGGAAUUUAAAGUCACUGAUGAUGAUGAUAAUAAAAUUGAUACCAGACCGGUUAAUUUUAAAGAACUAACUCAAGCUUUCGGUAAAGUUAAUUUAAGAUCUAAAAAUAAUUCUAAGUAUAAUUCAGUUAAUCGUUACUCGGAUAUUUUUGACGGAAGGUCCAGUGUUGAGGCAGCUAAUAAUAAAAAUCCAAUUAAAGUGUCUGCUGCUAAUGGACCCUUCAAACCUCCCACUGUAAAUUCAAAUGGCUUGGUUAAAAAGUACACCUCUGUUGUUGACAUUGAUCACCAGUUUACUAAUGGGCAGAAAAAAUUUAACAACUCCAUUACUAAGUUAAACGGUCCCGCGACGGCUCCCAAGGGGUUCAAAGUUCAGGCCAAUAAAAUUUCACAGGUGCCUCUACCCCCGACGAUGCCAAUUAUUACUGGAGUAACGCUAAAGAAUAACAAUAAUUGUCCCACCAGGCCUGUGUCAAUGCCGGUUGGUAAAGACUCCCGGGAUCAGCUGCUGGAGUCUAUUCGGUGUUUCGGACGAGAUAAAUUGAGGAACGUCAGCACGGUUUCUUGA